AUGAAUAUAGGUGCUUUACUUUGGGUUUUAUUCUUGGUAGCUUGUAGUUUUACAAUUUUAUAUGAAUACUUUGCACCAAGACUAGAAAAGAAAAAAUGGGAUAAAAAAAAGUUCAUUAAAGAUAAUUUUGAAAUGAAUAAAGAAAAAAGUGAUAUUGUAGAUAAAAAACAAAAAAAACAUAAUUCAUUAGCAAAAGAAAAUGAAAUUAAAAGAAGGGAAAAAUUAUUAAAUGAUUUAUUAAAUAAAUUAGUUUUUGAUAAAAAUAAAGAAACUGAAAAUAAUAGAAAAUUAGGAAAAAGAUUAAUUGAUGAUAAUGAAAAUAAAGAUGAAAUGAAUAAUAAUAACUAUUUAUCAGAAACUGAAAGAAUUAUUAAAGAACAAGAUAUUGAAUAUUAUAAAUCAUUAGAAACUGAUCAAUUAUUAAAAUUAUUAAAAGAAAAAGAUAUCAAUGAUAAAAAAGAAGAACAAGAGAAAUUAAAAAAACAAAAACAAGAAAGAUUACAAUUUUUAAAAUUAAAUUUAAAACCUGAACCACCAAUUGAUAAUGAAAAUUCAAUUAAAUUAUUAAUUAAAUUACCAAAUGGAGAAAAUAUACAAAGAAGAUUUUUAAAAACUGAUACUAUAAAUGAUAUUUAUGAUUUUAUAGAUUCUAGGGAUCAAAUUUCUUUUAAAUAUAGUUUAGCCACAAAUUAUCCAAAGAAAGUCUACAAAAAUGAUGAAAAUAUAAAAUUAAAAUCAACACUUGAAGAAUUAAAUAUUACAAAUUUGGCAACUUUUUAUUUAAUUGAAUUUUAA